AAAAAAACCCCCAGGGUUUUAGCUUGCUUUAAUGACCGUUCUUCUUCAUCUGCCAAAUAUUACUUCCUGAUUCAAAAGUGCUUUAGGGAUGUUGCUUAUGGAUUCCUCAAAGAAGAUAUCUUUCAAUCGUUGCAUUAGAGAUGGAGAUUUAGUUAUUAUUUAUGAGAGGCAUGAUACUAUGAAAGCUGUUAAAGUGUGUGAGAAUUCGGUUCUUCAAAAUCGUUUUGGCAUAUUUAAGCAUUCGGAUUGGAUUGGGAAGCCAUUCGGUUCCAAAGUGUUCAGCAACAAAGGUGGAUUCGUGUACAUAUUGGCUCCGACGCCUGAGUUAUGGACUUUGGUUCUAAGUCACAGGACUCAGAUUCUUUAUAUUGCUGAUAUUAGCUUUGUGGUUAUGUACUUGGAAGUAGUUCCUGGUUGUUUGGUUCUUGAAUCCGGGACCGGUAGUGGGUCGUUAACGACCUCGCUUGCAAGGGCUGUGGCUCCUACUGGACAUGUGUAUACCUUUGAUUUCCAUGAACAGAGGGCUGCCUCAGCUAGAGAGGACUUUGAAAGGACCGGAAUAAGCAAUUUAGUCACUGUGGGAGUUCGAGAUAUCCAGAGUGAGGGAUUUCCCGAUGAGUUUUCCGGGUUGGCUGAUUCUGUAUUUCUGGACCUACCUCAACCUUGGCUUGCCAUCCCUUCCGCUCGAAACAUGCUGAAACAAGAUGGAACUUUGUGUUCCUUCUCACCGUGCAUCGAACAAGUGCAACGCUCAUGCGAAACUCUUAGAUCAGACUUUACAGAUAUAAGGACCUUUGAAAUACUGCUCCGUAUGUACGAACUCCGCGAAUGGAAAAUUGAUCACUCGAAAUUCGAAGAUGGUAGUUCCAUCGCAUACCCUCCGUGCAAGAGGAGACAGCCUUCAAGUGAAGUAAGUGUGGGGGAAAACACAAGUUCUCCGGCAGUCGUGGCUCGGCCAUCAGCUGAAACCCGAGGGCAUACCGGAUAUCUGACAUUCGCAAGACGAAAGUGUGACUCAUGAAAAACAUCAUAAAACUAUAUCGAGAAAUUCGAUCCUUGUCUGGAAAAUUUAUCAUUUUGCGGCGGAAAAUGAUUG